AUACAUAUAUAUAUAUUUAUAUUAUGCCAAAAGAAAACACUACUGAUCGAAAAAGUGAAAGAGGUUAGAUAUGGAAAACAAAACGUCCAAGGUUCCCCAUGUCUUAGCGCUUCCUUAUCCAAGUCAAGGGCACGUUAACCCUAUGCUCCACUUCUGCAAGCGCUUGGCUUCCAAGGGCCUCAAAGCCACUUUGGCCACCACCAUCUUCAUCUCCAACACCUUCAAUCCCCAGUCAACGGCCUCCGUGCAACUCGACACCAUAUCUGAUGGCUACGAUGACGGCGGCUUCACCCACGCCAAGAGCAUCGACGACUACCUUGCGCGGUUACAAGUUUCUGGCUCCAAAACCCUGGCGGAGCUCAUCACAAGGCACAACAACUCAACGUACCCAAUUGACUGCAUAGUGUACGACGGGUUUCUACCGUGGGCGUUGGACGUGGCUCAUCAGUUGGGCAUAAAAGGAGCUGCUUUUUUCACUCAGGCAUGCACUGUGAACUACGUCUAUUAUUGCGUGCACCAUCGACAGUUGACGCUUCCCGUGACUACUUUCCCGGUCUCCAUUGAUGGAUUGGAGUUAUUGCUUGAUCAGCUUCACGACAUGCCUUCUUUCAUAGGCGUUGAGGGUUCAUAUCCAGCUUACUUUGAGAUGUUGUUGAGCCAGUUUUCUAAUGCGCACAAGGCUGAUUUCGUCCUCGUCAAUACCGUCUAUGAGCUGGAGGAACAGGUGGUCGAUUCCAUGUCAAAAGUUUGUUCCUUGCUGACAAUCGGGCCAACAAUCCCAUCCAUCUACUUAGACAACCGUAUCGAAGAUGACAAGGAUUAUGGCAUUGAUCUCUUCACAUCAAACGACUCAUCUACAUUUUUGACCAAUAAUUGGCUCAAAAAUAAGCCAGUGGGGUCUGUUGUUUAUAUGUCCUUUGGAAGCAUGGCAUGCUUGAGUGGCAAGCAAAUGGAGGAACUCGCCUACGGACUAAAAGCCACCAACUUUUACUUCAUAUGGGCGAUUAGGUAUUCUGAAGAGGCAAAGCUCCCGGACAAGUUUGCGCAAGAGACACGUGACAAAGGGCUAAUAGUGAAUUGGAGUUCCCAAGUUGAAAUUCUCUCACAUCCUUCUGUUGGGUGUUUUUUCACACAUUGUGGAUGGAACUCCACAAUUGAGGCUCUCAGUUUGGGAGUGCCAAUGGUGGGAAUGCCACAAUGGACCGACCAACCCACCGAUGCCAAACUUAUUGAGCAUCUGUGGAAGGUUGGAGUAAGAGUUAAGGUUGGCGAGGAUGGGAUUGUGGGGAGAAAAGAGAUUGAGCAUUGCAUUAGGCAAGUUUUGGAGGGUGAUAGGGGAACAGAAAUAAGAAAGAAUGCCAAGAAAUGGAGGAACUUGGCUUUGCAAGCAAUUAGUGAUGGUGGCAGUUCCGACAAGAACAUCCGUGAAUUUGUAUCAAAAUUAAAAAUGAAGAACGUUAAUUAGUACUGGUAAAUUUAUUCUACUGUGUGCGUGUGUGUGUUUGUGGGCAUAAAAUGUUUACUAAAUUAAACUUUUCAAAUAAAUGUUUCCACAUGUAUGUGUCCGUACGUGUAGUAUUUGAUGAAAUUAGACCAAACCUUUUCUUUCUGAAGGUU